AUGCACUUCAACAGAAUAGCCGUUUACGCCCACCGUGGCUGGGCUAGCUCUAAGAUCUUCGAAUCUAUCUCGAAAUCCGGUGCACCUGUUCGCGUCUUGUACAGACCAGGAUCGGAUAUAAGCACUGUGCCCAGUGGUGUCGAGGCGGUCGAAGUCGAUACUGAGGACCAAGAUGCUCUGAGAGCCUCAUUGAAAAAUAUCGAUAUCUUGAUAUCUCUUGUGGGUCAAACGGGUGUCGAGAUACAAUAUGCUUUUGUCAAGGCUCUUCCACACACGGAUGUCAAGCUCUUCGUUCCCUCUGACUUAGCUUUCCGGUGUGAUGAGCAGGGCUUGAGGGUGGGGGUGAAUAAGCUAAAGGAUCAGGUUAAAAAAGCGGCUGAGGCUGCUGGGAUCCCGAUGACUAUUGUCUUGCCGGGUCUGUUCGCUGAGUCUGCUUUGAGUUCCGGGUUGAUCGGUAUUGAUCUGCCCAAAAAUCGAAUUGUAUUUUCUGGUGAUGCCGAGCAUCAGAAAUUGAAUAUCUGUACCCGAGAAUACAUUGCAGCUGCAUACUCUUCUAUCUUCGCCAAAACAGCCAUCGCUGAUAUCCAGGGCCGUGUUAUCGGUCUCUCGGAACUUCAACCGACUGGUGCUGAGGUAGCCAAAGCCCUCGAGGUGAAACAUGGAUCACCUCCUCAGAUCUUCCGGCAUAGCCUGGAAGAGGUAGAUCGGAAUUUUGAAGAGAGGAUCAACGGAGGCCUUCCAAUGGCACUACCAUAUUAUUGUCGUCGUGUAUGGGGUGCUGGAGGCUAUUCGGAUGCGAUUGGGUCUGAUGUUUGGGAGUUGAAAGGGUAUCAGAAGAAGACUUUGGAUGAAUUGUUGAAUGGGGGAAUAGAUUCGUAUCGGAAUUUCCCACCGGAGAUCCUUGAGGCUUUGGAAGACAGUUAUUAUUAA